CAUUACUCGGGCAAUAGACCAAUAUUGGACAUAAGUGACCCAGAUCUAGUCAAAUCAAUAUUAGUUACCGACUUUCAUGUAUUCUCGCAGCGCUCAGGCAAUCGGGAUGCCGUCCAAUACGUGCAGUCAAUGCUUAUGCUAUUUCACAACCAACCCAAUUGGCGCACCGUUAGGUCGAUGUACGCACCCAUGUAUAGCACCACAAAAACCAGGAGACUAUAUCCCAUGUAUAAGGAAUGCAUCAGUCGUUUGAUGGAUGAAAUGGCAAUAAAUUGUAUCAAAAAGAGCCUGGAUGUCAAAGCACUUUAUUUGUCGUUUAUGAUGGACGUCAUAGUAACCACGGUGUUUGACACGCAUACUAACUGUUAUGGUCCCGGUGCCGCUCAUAACCCUUUUAUGGCAAAUGCCAAUGCUUUUCUCGGUAGGAGUAUUAAGCGUGAAUUGGCCCUGAACAAAUCAAUAAUUUCAGACAUGAACGACUGUAAAGUAGAUUUAUCCGAUACAAACUCACCAGAGAACAAGCUAAUUGGUUUAGCCAUGUUGAGUUUUGUGGGUGGCUACGAUCCAAUCGCUAGCACAUUAGCAUUUUGUUCGCACGAAUUGGCACACAAUCCUGAUGUUCAAGAACAAUUUAUGGCAGAGAAUGUAGGAAAAAUAAGCUCGCACACAUAUUUCCCAUUUGGAUUAGGUCCCCUAAUAUGUCCUGGUAAUAAAUACGCCCUGGUUAUUACUAAGUUGUGUUUGGCGCACGUUAUCCGAAAGUAUCGAUUCUUGCCAAUACCCCAACGUCCAAAUGUAUCGCUCGACUCCGAAAGUGAUAUA